AUGUGCAUCGCAAUAAUAUCCACGGCACAUCCUUCCUAUCGACUAAUUCUGAUCGACAACCGCGACGAGUAUCUGAAUCGACCGACCGAUGUUGCUGGAUGGUGGCCAGAUCCCCACACCCAUGUUCUUGGAGGCCGGGAUAUGCUCCGCGACAUCCACGGGACAUGGCUGGGAGUGACGAGAACAGGCAAGGUCGCUGUGCUCACCAACUUCAAAGAAGACGUUACACCGCCUCCCACGGCCGUCAGCCGCGGCGCCAUCAUCAAAAAGUUCUUGUCUGAAGAUGUCGGUCCCGUUGAGGAGUUUGUCAAGGAAGUUGUCAACACCGGCGUCGCCAAAGACGCCGGCGGCUUCAGUCUCGUGUGCGGUCACAUAGGUGAGAAGCUUGCCGUCAUCUCCAACCGUGCAGAAGACCAAAGCCAAGUACCGUGGAUCGCGGGGGAUGUGGUGCACACUGUCGGCCUGAGUAACGCCCACUUCUUGGACCGAUCAUGGAAAAAGGUCACCCUGGGCGAAGAACUCAUGUUGAACACGAUCCGGCAGAGCAUCGAAAACCAAGAAGGCGAAGACGAGCUGAUAUCGCGGUUUCUGGACCUGCUCAGCCACGAAACUCUUCCGCGGAACGGCGAACCUGAAGGAUCCGGCCUGGAAACGUAUAUUCCCUCCCUCAGACACACCAUCUACGUGCCGACCUUGGGACGAAAGGACACGGAUCAUCACCUAGAAGACGACGAGAUUGCCGCUGCCAAAGUCAACGAGAAAGUCAACAUUGUAGGACACCACACACCGGUGCGGCGCCACUCGCCGUCAAUCAACCCGCCGUUUCGAGCUCGACCGCUGGGCGUCAGUGGGCUCUACGGGACGCAAAAGCAGACGAUUGUGCUUGCCGACCAAGACAACAACGUCCGGUUUUUCGAGAGGACGCUAUUUGACGCAGACUCGAAUCCCAUCCCAUUCGGCCAGGGUGACGUGGACGUGAAAUUCAAGAUUGACCGGACGUCAAGUUGA